CCUUAAGCUGUAACCUCCAGCUGCUGCCUUGAUCUUCAACCACGCCCAAGCUUGCCACACAGUCCCCGAAUAUGCGAUAAACAUUCGCUACGGGUCUGUCGUAGGCCCGGAAAAUGCGGGCCCCUCCCGAGCCCCACUACUGCUUCACCAUACCUUCGAUUCACGACGACACGACGCUUGACUGCCGCAUAUAUCAUCCGGACCUCUUUGACGAUGUCGCACAAAACACUGCAGGGAGACCGCGAUGGAGGAAACGUGGCAUUGUCAUGGCACAUCCCUAUGCCCCAAUGGGCGGCAGUUACGACGAUCGCAUUGUAGGCGUUGUAGUUGAUGAGAUGCUGAAGGCUGGAUAUAUAGUCGGCACCUUCAACUUCCGAGGUGCUCACGGCUCCAAACACAAAGGCCGUACUUCUUGGUCUGGGAGACCAGAGCUGGACGAUUAUGCCUCCUUCGCUGCAUGUUUCAUGCAAUACAUGAACCUCAUUCACCCAUUCCCUAUGCCAGAAACAAUAUUUGCGCCCGAGCGAUUACCGGCGCACGCACAAGUACACAAUUCUUCGCCCGAAGAGGUGCCUCUAAUCAUCCUCGGUGGUUACUCCUAUGGCUCCCUUAUUCUGAAGCACCUUCCUCCCGUGCCAUCAAUCCUAAAACGCGUCUCCAACCCGCUGACAGGCUCUGCGGCUGAUGAGAUUCUGUUGCGGGCGCGUAAACUGACUGAUCAGAGCAAUCUGGAAUGGAUCAAUCAGGCUCAAGAUGUUGAGCGAGAGAGGAGAAAAAGAAAAGUAGAACACAAGACCUCCUUGACGGUUGGAGGAGAAGAAACAACUCCCGACAAGAGGAGAAGCAGCCGGGAGGUAUCGCGAAGUUUGGACAUACCACGGAGCUUGGACCUGGGACAACGCCUAAGGAGCCUCAGCUACCGAGGUCGGAGGCACGAGAGCUCAGUAGAGUCACUCGAACAAACCAAAGUGGACGUUGCAAUUCCUGAGGUACGGUACCUUCUGAUCUCGCCCCUCACCGCCCCGAUAUCGUCACUUGCGGCACCUGCACUGGUUCAGAAGCCGUGGAGCCGCUCACCAGAUGCACAUACAUCGAGUAUCGGGAAAUUCGCGUCGCUGGCGAUAUAUGGCGACCAAGACAUAUUUGCAUCGGCGAAGAAGAUCCGAGACUGGUCUAGCAGUCUGAGGGCUGCAUAUGGUCCGAAUUUUUCAAGCGUUGAGAUAGCAGGUGCUGGGCACUUUUGGGUCGAGCAAGACGUAGAGAAGCAGCUUAGAGCCGCAUUGAAGCUGUGGGCAAUCUAGAGCCGCCACAAGGCAUUACAAGAACUGGAAAUGAGGAUAUCACCUAGGCAUGGCUCUUCCAUUCAUGUUCAUCUCCUUGUUGUUUCUAUGCCGUAGUCA